UGCCACUAUAUUCUGUGCUUGCACUUGUAUACGUGUUAUAGUGCCAUUAGUAUAAAUGGGCGUUACAUUCACUACAUUCAUGGUGCAGAUGUCCCACCUAUGUCAUUUUCUUCUAUAAACGUUUCAUGGCUUUAUUUUGCAGCAUUCUUCUGGAGCAGCGCAUCCUUCUUAUGGCAAAGCAAAAGCAGAAUCCUUUUGUUGUCGGUUUAUUCUCCUCCUUCAUAACCAGACAACAUAUCUGCUUCGCUAUGGAUUACGCUGAGGGAGGGGACUUGGAGUCCCAACUGAAACAAGGUGCCAUAUCGCUGGAGAGAACUACGUUCUUCUCCUCCUGCAUUGUCCUCGGGCUGAAGUUCCUACAUGAAAACAAGAUUGUUCAUAGAGAUUUAAAGCCAGAAAAACAUCCUUCUGGAUGGCCGAGGAUAUGCCAAAAUAGCAGACUUUGGUCUUAG